AUGCUGGAUUUAGACAUGCCCUUGCCGGAGGCUGCACUCAGGAUCAGCGAUGAAAACUACUGGAAAAGGAGAACACAGGCAAAACAUCCCAAUGCUCAAGUCGAAAGGCAUGGGUUGUCGUGGAAGCAGACCUACUUGGAGUUAGAGUUGCAACAGGCGCUCGAACGGGUUCCCAUCACCGUAGAGUAUGGAAAUCCGGAGUUGGAAGCGCUGAAACAGCAAGUCAUGGCUUCAAGGUUGUACAUUUAUCAACUGCACAUCACGCAGUUCCCUUCGCACCUCGAUUUAAGCUUCAUCUUUGAUGCCUUACCUGCCUUGUGCACCUUCUCCAUCACCUACGGCAACAAGCGCCUGGGUAUGGACUAUGAGCGCGCCAUGUUUGGCAUGAAGAUCUCAGAUGCCCAAUACCUGGCGAGAGACAUUCGCGUGUCCCAGACCUUGGUCUCCUUGUCCUUGCCGUGCAACAUGAUAGACGACGAGCUGGUCAAGGUGCUCAUGGGAGGACUUUCCUACGCGCACAUGCUGACACACCUGGACCUCAGUCAUAACAAGAUUGGAGACCGUGGUGCUCGACGUCUGGCAUCUUUGCUGGAUCCAGACUACUGCUUGCAGGCUGUGGACCUCAGCGAUAAUCAGAUCCAUGCCAAUGGAUGCAUGCACUUAGGCGCUCAUCUGGCGGAGAACAUCACCUGCCAGGUGCUGAAUUUGCGGCUGAAUCGCUGUGAGGACAAUGGCGUCUCACAUCUUUUUCAGGAUAUGUGCGUGAACAAGCACCUGCAGAGCCUGAACAUUGCAUGCAAUGACUUGACGGUGAGAUGUUUACCGUAUCUCAAUGCCAUGCUCGCUGAGAACGGCACCCUCAUUGAGCUUGACAUUAGCGCCAACCCGCUGCACCAGGAAGAGGAGGAAGCGGCACAAGGUGUAGGAAACGCGGCGGCUCCUGAGCAGACCAUGUCCUCGCCUCCUGAGGAUUCCUUUGACAAUGGUGAGGAUGACUUGCUAGCAGGUCUCCAGGUCUCCUCUGCACAGCUGGUGGUCUUCGCCAAAUGCGUCAUGCGAAGUCCCGCGCUGCUACGGGUGGACCUCCGAAGUUGCGGAUUGCCACCUGAGCUGCACGAGCGCGUGAGCACUGCUGUGAAACAUCGGGAGCUCGUCGCCAAGGGAAUCCCUGUUGAGGCCUACGAGAGGGCCAAAGAGGUGGCCGAGGCCGAAGAGGCUGCCGCGGCGGCCGAGGAAGAGUUGGCCCAGGGUGAAGAAGAGGAAGGGGAAGAGAAGGUUGAAGAGAAAGAGCCCGAAGAAAAGGCUGACGAAACCGAAAAGCCCGAGGCAGGGUCAGUCGUUGUUUUGGGGACCUGGGGUGCAACAUUUGGACAUAUUGACCACAAAGGCGCAGAUGUAUCCGACGAAUCCGAGAUCUUGAUUCAUGCUACGAAUUCGUCCAUUGGUACUGUCAAGCAGUGCGAGUUGUGCGAACGCCUUCGCGCACGCGACACAGAAACCAAAUGUCGCGCUUUGCGUGGUUGGGUGGAUUGGCACAGCCUGAAUGGUUGUUUGAUUUGCUGUCAGGACAGGCCGAGAUAUACCGCGGUGGGCUCCUGCGGCCACACGGAGGUGUGCUGGAUUUGUGCUGUCAGGCUGCGGGCCAUCGUGAAAGACUUUCGAUGUCCUGUUUGCAAGGAGGAGCUGAACGAGAUCUACUUGGGCAACGAUCCCAACAAAGCGUUGAAGGAGCUCAACAAAGGGCAGCCUCUCAAGGGUCCAAAGGAGCCCAAGCUAGGCCUCGUUUUUGCUUCGGAGUCAGUCAAAGAGGACGUGGAAAGAUUGUUUGAUUACCGUUGCUGGCACCAACGAUGCCUGCAGAACAAGGAAUGCUUCCCCACCAUUGAGGCCCUCCAGAGACAUUUGGAGACGGAGCACGGGCGGCAAUUUUGCCCCACGUGUUUGCAAGGUCGCAAGGUCUUUCUCUUUGAGCAGCUGCUCUACCAGCCGAACGACCUGAAACGCCACCACGACGACGGAGAUCGCGCUUGCACGGUGGGUCCGAGUCUUCCCCAAUCGCCGCCCCAUGCGAGAUGCAACUUCUGCAAGCGGAGCUUCUACUCUGAGGAGGAUCUACUGGAGCACAUGCACACCAAGCACCAGCUCUGUGGCAUUUGCGAAAGACAAGGCCGAAAAGGCGAGUUCUACCAGGAUUACGGGUACCUCUCGGUGCACUACGAGGAGGAGCACUAUGUGUGUCGGCAUGAGAAUUGUCGACGCGAAGCGUAUCGAUUAGUGGCCUUCGCCAACGAAGACGACUUGUGGAUGCACGAAAUCAAGGAGCACUCCACCAAGCUGUCCCAAAAAGCAUCGAAAAGAGGCACGCGACUUGCCAUGGGUGCUACCUCCUACCGGGAGGUGCAAGCCGAAGCCCGCGAAGCCCGGCGGAACACCCAGCGGACCCAGCGUUCCACAGCCACCUUGGAGGCGGUCACGGGGCAGGUGCGCUUCAUGCGCACCCGCGGGCAACCGCCGGCCCCACCGGAGAGCGACUGGCCGAAGCUUCAGGAAGAAAGCGGAAGUAGUGGCAGUCAAGUCGAUCAAGCCAGGUAUCCACCCCGUGCCGUCAAACAGCAAGAGCGCCGCGCCACAGCCCUGGCCGCGGCCCCGGCGGGCCCCGCGGGCCCUGCAACCGCCACGCCGGCCGCGUCCUCGCGACCAUCGCGGGAUCCCGUGCGAGAGCAGCACAGGGCGCUGGCGCAACUGCUGGCAGUGGCGGUGCAGAGAAUUGAUCAGACUGGCAUUGACCUCGUGGCUGCUUUGGAGCAAGAGGAAUGGCGUGCCAAGAAUCGUCGCUUCAAACGAGACCUGGAAGAACAGCUGGGUCCCACAGAGCUUCAGCACUUCAAGGAGUUUUCCAUGCAGUAUCGCUACAACCUACGUGAUGCCGAAACAUCUGCUGGCCAAACUGGCUCUGCCGCCGCGGCCACGUACGCACAAAGGGUCAUGGAGGUCUUUGCGACAACCAUGGCGAAGUCAGGUGAAGCAGUGGCUGCGGAGCUCUUGUGUGACCUGGUGCUGUUGCUACCUGACGAGGCACCCAGACACCUCCUCUACCAAGCCCUAGACGACCUGAGCCGCCGCGAAGCCGCCGCCGCGGCGCCGCCUGCCGCGCCUGCAACCACGGCGACAGCGAAGGCUCCGCCGGCGGCGAAGGCCGCGCCGAAGGCGGCGCAGGCGAAGGCUCGUUCGGCGGCGAAGGCUCCGGUGCUGUCCCGGCAACUGGAGGAGACGUUGGAAGCCAUGCCCAUGAGCCGCUCAUGCAGAGGAGGCCGUCUAAGCUUCCUUUCAGCGCUCAACGCAGUGAUGGAUGUAAUGAGUGCUGGAACUGGAACUGCCCCGGUGCCUUUGCAGGCCUUACGCAGAUGUGUGAAGCAACUGGAUGGACAACAGGCGGAAUCCUUGGAACUGAUGCACCAGCAUUUGGUGGAUGCUGGUGGAAGCACCUUGGACUUUGAACCCAUGGAUCGUCUGUUGUCGCUGCGUCCUUUGCUCCAACUGAAGUUGGGCUCUGCUAGCGGCAGCUCCGGCGCCGACCGCGACCGUAGCUGGUGGGAGUGGAAGGAAGCAGCAGCCGCCGCGGUGCAACGCAUGGGAGUUGAGGAGAGGAAAGCUGUGCAGCUCUACGUCUCAUUAGCCUCGAAGCACUUGGAGGAGUCAGGCGCGGGAUAUCCAGCGAAAGCUCCACCCUUAGCUCCAGCCUGGGAAAAGAGGAAGCAGCCCAGCCAUCGGAACGAGGACUUCCCGGCGUUGCCGUCGGGACAACGAUGAGGCGAUGGUCGGUGCCCGGACCCGCGUCUGCGCUGCGUCACUUAAAGUGAGCGGCGGCGGUUCGGUGGUGACUUCCAGCCCGGGGUUCCACGAAGCGUGG